GAGCGGUCAUUUAAUUUGAAAAAUUCCGCUCAGUAUGUUAGCUAUGCCUUACAAUUUCUGUUUUUGCUAGAUACAUAAAAAUUAAUAGAUAAUUGUGGCUACAUAAUUAGUUUUGAGUUUUAGUAAACAGUUUAAGUACAAAAGUGAAAAUGUUGUUCGUUUUGGAGUGUUUUAUAGUUGUGUUGAUACUUAUUUAUUGGAUGACCAAAAAAACAGAAUUUGAUAAAAUUCCUGGGCCAGCGGGAAUCCCACUACUUAACAAUACUUUAGACUUUUUAAUGGAUCCAGUGAAAAUGUUCUAUUACUUUAGAAUGUUGAGCAACAAGUUCAAACGACUGUACAGAUUAAAAGUUGGUCCGGUGAAAGCUAUCAUUUUACACAAUCCAGAGGACAUAGAGGCAGUAAUCACUGGUACAACAAACAAUACGAAAGGUUUUCUGUACGACUUUAUCCAGCCAUGGUUACAAGAAGGGCUGCUUACAAGCAAAGGUUCAAAAUGGCAUCACCGUAGAAAAUUAUUAGCACCCGCCUUUCACUUUAAUGUUUUAACAAAUUUUAAAGCGGCAAUUGAAGAAAGCAGCCAAAGGUUUGUAGAAAACCUUCGAAAAGAAAUAAAUAGAUCUGAAACUAAUAUAACGCCGUACGUAAAUGAUUUCGCUCUAAAUUCCAUAUGUGAAACUGCAAUGGGUACUAAACUAGACGAAGAAGACGCCAGUUUUGGAAAAAUGUAUAAAGAAGGAAUAUACCAAUUAGGACAGUACGCUGUGUAUAGAGCACAAAGAAUCUGGAUGUACCCGAAUUUCGUAUUUCAAUUUACCAGCAUAGGGCGAAAACAAGCAAACAUCUUGAAAAUUUUGACUUCUUUUCGCGAUCGAGUAAUUGAAAACCGACGAAAUUAUUAUAAUAGUAGCAAUCUUAAUAACAAUUUUAAUAACGAUCCGAACUAUACAGAAAAUGGUGUAGAGCUAGUUGGAAAAAAGAAAAUGGCCCUGUUAGAUCUACUGCUUCAAGCUGAAAAAGAUGGUGUCAUUGAUGCGAACGGAAUUGGUGAAGAAGUGGACACGUUUAUGUUUGGUGGUCAUGACACAUCUGCUAAUACUCUGCAAUUUACUAUGAUGUUGUUGGCUAAUCAUCAAGAUGCACAGGAAAAGGUAUUUAAUGAAUGCUGUGACAUAUUUGGAACUUCGGACCGCUCUGGAACGAUGGCAGAUUUGGCGCAAAUGAAGUAUUUAGAAUGCUGUAUCAAAGAAAGUUUGAGACUAUAUCCGCCAUUACCUGUCAUUACAAGGAAAAUUCAGCAAACAUUUAAAAUAGAGGAAAACGAAAUACCUGCAGGAACAGAAUGUGGCAUUCUGAUAUUUGAUCUGCACCGGCGCGCCGACCAGUACGUAGAGCCACUACAGUUCCGCCCGGAACGGUUUCAAGUUGAACCCACGUGGCAUCCCUAUGCAUAUAUACCUUUCAGUGCAGGACCCAGGAAUUGUAUUGGUCAAAAAUUUGCAAUGAUGGAGGUGAAGCUAGCGUUAUCGGCAUUGCUACGUCGCUACCGCCUGCAACCCGUCACCAAGCCAAAUGAUAUCAUCUUCGUUACGGACUAUGUUCUACGAGUGAAAGAUCCAAUCUACGUGAAGCUGGAAGAACGAAAUUAUUUCGCUAGGUAUUGUGUGUGCUCUAAACUAAAAAUGUUUUUACUGCUCUUACAAUGCUUUAUAAUUUUAUUGAUAUAUCUGUAUUGGGUAACUAGAAACAAAGAAUUUGAUAAGAUUCCUGGACCGCCGGGAAUAUUCUUUUUUCAUAACGCUUUAGACUUUUUAAUGGAUCCAGUUGAAUUAUUUUACUACGUCAGAAACUUAGCUAAAACGUACAAAAAGAUAUUCAGACUAAGAUUAGGUCCUGUAAAAUGUGUUAUAAUACAAACUCCAGAGGAUAUAGAGAAAGUUAUUAAUGGGACCACAUGUACAGAGAAAGGAAUUAUUUACAACUUUAUCGAGCCUUGGCUUAAAGGAGGGCUGCUCUUAAGUAAAGGUCCAAAAUGGCAACAAAGAAGAAAAUUGUUAACACCCGCCUUUCAUUUUAAUGUUCUAGCAAAUUUUAAAUCAGUUAUCGAAGAAAACUGCCAAAAUUUUGUGUACAAUCUGGAAAAGGAAGUUAAUGCAACCAAAACGGAUAUCACACCGUAUGUAAAUGAUUUCGCUAUAAACUCUAUAUGCGAAACUGCUAUGGGUACUAAACUAGAUGAAGAAGAUAUAAAUUUUAGCAAAAUUUACAAAGAAGGAAUAUAUAAAUUAGGCCAGUAUGCUGUGUACAGAGCGCAAAGGGUUUGGAUGUACCCAGAUAUGAUUUUUAAAUUUACCGCCGUAGCACGAAAGGUAGAAAAUAUUUUAAAAAUUUUGACUUCCUUUCGCGAUCGAGUUAUUCAAAAUCGAAAAAAACUCUACAAUAACAAGAACAAUUUUAUAGAUGAACAAAAUGGUAAUGAAAAUGAUAACGUAGAUAUAAGUGGAAAAAGGAGGAUGGCUUUGUUGGAUCUGCUGUUGCAGGCUGAGAAAAAAGGUGUCAUUGAUGCAAAAGGAAUCGGUGAAGAAACGGACACAUUUAUGUUUGGAGGUCAUGACACGUCGGCUAAUGCUCUGCAGUUUAUAAUGAUGUUAUUGGCUAACAACCAAGAUGCACAGGAAAAGGUGGUUAAGGAAUGCAACAAAAUAUUUGGAUCUUCGACUCAGCGCGUCACUACAAUGGCUGAUUUGGCGCAAAUGAAAUAUUUGGAAUGUUGUCUAAAAGAGUGUUUAAGGCUUUACCCACCAUUGCCUAUACUAAAUCGGAAAGUAAAAGAAACGAUUAGUUUAGGGACAUACCAAAUCCCGGCAGGAAUAGAAUGUGGUAUUCUAAUAUUUGAAAUGCACCGUCGCAGUGACCAAUUUGUGGAACCGCUUGCCUUCCGCCCGGAACGAUUUCAAACCGAACCAACAUGGCAUCCCUAUGCAUACAUUCCUUUCAGUGCUGGACCCAGAAAUUGUAUCGGUCAAAAAUACGCAAUGAUGGAGUUAAAGCUAGCCGUAUCAGCAUUGCUACGUCGCUACCGCCUCCUCCCCGUCACCAAGCCAGAUGAUAUCGUCUUCGUUAUGGACUAUGUUCUACGAGUGAAAGAACCGAUCUACGUUAAGCUAGAGGAACGAUGUGGAUUUAAAAGUGAAGUUUAAAUGUACACGUAAUGCUUAAUAACUAAUCAUACUAAUAUUAUAAAUGUUAAAAUGUUUGUCUGUUACAAUUAGCUUAUCAGCGGUGAACUAAGCCCGUCAGAGGCAUGGAGCCAGUUCUCUGCUACGAUUUUUUGGGAUUUCACCAUCAAUACCAUUAUUACCGAAGUGACCGUGUUUAGAAAGCCGCAGCUAAUAAAAAAACUCGAAUUUUUUGCUUAGUUUUGCAGAAAAGAUACUCAUAACAAAAUGGAACAGAAAUUCAACAGCCAGAUACUGGAUAAUGUCGAUUUGUAAUAGUAACAUGUCUUAUAUACCAAAAAAGUUUUUCUAAAUUCGAAAACGAAGAGAAGAAAGUAGUAAAGGUGGGUAUAUUUUCCACGGACACUUUUUGGUGCUUUUUGGCUAGUCUUGUUCAUCAAAUUUUUCCUGUGUUUGAUUAAUGUAUUCUUAUCAAUUUAAAUAAAUUCUUUGAAUUUC